GGACAUAUUUACGUGCUGCACCCCGGCACGGUUCCUGACACUUUUUCUGUUGAUGUUCGCCGAUGCCCUAACUUAAAUCUCAACGGUAGUCGACUAACUGUUUUCCUACAUUUUUGACAGGUUAUGAACAGGUCAAUCAUUUAGAUCUGAGAUUGAUUUAGGUUGUGAUCCAUUCGUUUUUGUGUCCCGCUUUUUGAUUUGUCAUGCCGUCAUCGCCAGAUUUGCUGGGGGCACAGCGGGUUUGACGCCCACACCUCCACCAUGGAGCCCUUGGAUUUAAACAGGCGCAAGAAUGGACGGCAGAGGAAGCUGGCAGAUCACCCGCCUCUAGAAAACAUGACGGACAUGAGAGGGGUGAUUAGCACCCCUGAGCCAGAGGUGGAGGAGGAGACGGAGGGUCUCAUCAGUGGUGCGGACUAUGAGGAUAGGAGGCAUCACAUGGCCCCAACCGGGAUCCGUGGCGAGCUGGGGAAUGUGCUCCUCCUUCUCUUCCUCUAUGUGCUACAGGGAAUUCCUCUGGGACUGGCUGGCAGCAUCCCCUUGAUCUUGCAGAGUAAAAAUGUCAGCUACAGAGACCAAGCUUUCUUCAGUUUUGUCUUCUGGCCAUUUAGCCUGAAGCUUUUCUGGGCACCGCUUGUGGAUGCUCUGUACUUCAGCAGGUUUGGUAGAAGAAAGUCGUGGCUGGUGCCUACGCAGUACCUGCUGGGUUUCUUCAUGCUUUAUCUUUCUUUUACGGUUAAUUCACUGCUCCAGAGUGAGAAAGGACCAAACGUGGUUGCUCUCACUGGAGUCUUCUUCAUGCUUGCCUUCUUAGCAGCCACACAGGAUAUAGCCGUGGAUGGCUGGGCUCUCACCAUGUUAUCCAGAGAAAACGUGGGCUAUGCAUCGACGUGCAACUCUGUCGGCCAAACAGCCGGGUAUUUUCUCGGGAAUGUCCUCUUUCUGGCGUUGGAGUCAGCGGAUUUUUGCAACAAAUACCUCAGAGUAGAACCCAAAGAGACGGGCAUCGUCACCUUGUCAGAUUUCUUGUUUUUUUGGGGAGUGGUGUUCAUGGUUUCCACCACCUUGGUAGCCAUCUUCAAGAGGGAAAACGGACACGGCAAAGGGAAGAGGAGAGUCCCAGAAGAGACGCAGGGGGUCAUGGAGACGUACAAGUUAUUGUUCACCAUUGUGAAGAUGCCCACAGUCUUCACCUUUUGCAUGCUGCUUCUCACAGCUAAGAUGGGUUUUUCUGCAGCGGAUGCAGUCACGGGUCUGAAGCUGGUGGAGGAAGGAGUCCCCAAGGAGCAGCUGGCACUGCUGGCUGUGCCCAUGGUGCCUUUGCAGAUCCUCCUACCCUUGAUCAUCAGCAAAUACACAGCAGGGCCCCGUCCUUUAGACAUUUUCUACAAAGCAUAUCCUUUUAGGUUACUCAUCGGGCUGGAGUAUGCUUUGCUGGUGUGGUGGACCCCGAGUGUUAAACAGGAAGGAGGAUUCCCGGUUUAUUACUACGCUGUUGUGCUCCUGAGCUAUGCGGUGCAUCAGGUGGUGUUAUACAGCAUGUAUGUAGCCUGCAUGGCUUUCCACGCCAAAGUGAGCGACCCCCUGAUAGGUGGGACCUACAUGACUCUUCUGAACACGGUCACCAACCUAGGAGGAAACUGGCCCUCCACCAUGGCGCUGUGGCUGGUGGAUCCGUUGACCUCGAAGGAGUGCCGCGGAGCCGCCGCCCAGAGCUGCGGCUCUGCAGCCGAAGCUGAACUGUGUGUGAAGGAAGGGGGCGCUUGUGUAACAACGCUAGACGGCUACUACGUGGAGUCCCUGGUGUGCGUGGUGAUCGGGUUAACCUGGUGGCUCUGGUUAGGGAAGAAGAUGAAGCAGCUGCAGGAGCGGAGCCCCGCGGCGUGGAGGUGCCGUGUGAAUCAGUGACCACCCAGCACGCCGCCGUUUCACCUCCUCAGAACGGGCCGACAGCUCGACCCGCCGGAAAUCCCCCCACCAACAGUCUGACGGAGCCCCUCUGGCUCUGCUUCGGCAGCUGCACUCACCAAACAUUUGUCCUGAGAUGUCUCACUUGUCUGUGACAAAACGUCCUAUUUUAUACAAAAUUCACUUUUUUUCUAUCAUUUUUUUUGUUUUUGUUUUGCUGUUUGAAGCAGUCCAACCAAAUCAGACUGAAUUUCAGAAGAAAAAAAACUUUUAUUUGCAUGAACAGUAAAAUGAAGCUGCACAGAUGUGAAUUCUCAACGUCUGAUCCUUUCUAAAUUGCAUAUAAUUAUAUAUGUAUAGAUGAAGACUUUAUAUAUGUAUUUAUGAAGAUCCUGGCACAAUUUAACUCUAAUGAAAAGAAAAGCCCUCAUCAAAAGUAUCUGGUUUUCCAACAACUGACUUUUUAUGAAUUUAACCUUUUUUUUUUCUGUUAAUUGUGCCUUUUUUUACUUUGGGAGAAAUGUUGGUCAUGAAGUUCUUCUCUAAUUCCCCGUUUUUAAGUUCUUUUAUUUCAAGUAAGAAACUGUCAGAGCGGCUUUUUCCAGUGGGACCUUUCCUGGUUUUCUGUUGGGCAUUCCUCCAGUUAUGUUUGGUGUAAAACAUGAAUCAUUGCAGGAUUCUGAGCACGACCAGCUCUGGGGGUUUCCACACGUUUCAACCUGCAACAUGAGAAAACGUGUUUGUGCUUGAAAGUUGUUCAUCUCCCAGACGCCUACGGUCAUUGCAACAUCAUGUGACGUAUAGCAUAUGCCAUGGUCAGCAGCAGCUGAAUCAGAUUAGCUGUUUGUUCCUGAGGUAUACAAUACAAAAGCUGAAGGUUGAUAGGAAUUUUGUUUUCUUUUUUCUCUCGUCAUUUUUACCUGAUACUUCUGUUCUGGAAAACAGAUUACAUCCAGUGACGGAGAUAUGCAUCAAUCCUUUUCUACUCCCAAAUUACCUUCACAGCAAAAACAAGAGAUUUUGUUUAUAGAGCUGGGAAUAAAUUCAUGCCGGUUCGAGAUUUUCAAGUAUGAUUUUGCUAAACUGCAACAGUUGUGACACAGUCAGAAUUACAGACUAAAAGGUCAAAACGGUUCAACUAUUCUUUGUUUUUAAAAACAAUCUUUGUUUCUCUUCUCUUAGACUGAAAAUCAGCUUUCUUUAUGGGGCUUUCCUGUUUGUUUCUAUUAUUGUUUGUAGUUAUUACUCAGAGCUUUAUUUUGUAGAAUCAUGGCACUGUAUUUCCUGAGUUUUGUUUUGCAGGUUUAUGAGUAAAACUGUGCACUUUCUGAAUGUUAGGCUGGGUUUUUUCUGCAGUGUCUUCAAGUGGCCUACAGGUGGCAGUAAACUGCUGUGAUUUCGGCAGGAAAUCAAUUGUUUUGACCCGGAGAACCCACGGGGUCAAAUGUGGUCCUUUUUAGUUACGGUGUGUCUUUUAAUUCACUAAUUUUUUUUGGGUAUUGCUAUCCAAAAUAGACAAAAGAAAAACUUUAAAAGCCAAGAAAAAAAUGUUGUAUGGGUUCUCCAGGGUUAAACUUUUAAUGCAUUUUUAUUUUUACAACAAAUUCUGUUUGAAUUUGCACAUAUGUUGUUUACCUCUUUAUCAAUUACAAAUGAUAUCUGAAACUGAUUUUUUGUGAUUAAAAAUAUUCCCUCC